AUGGCUAAUCCCAGUGCUGUCUGCAAUGGACAUCUACAUCAUCAUCACCAGAAACAGAAUAACCUCUUAAAAAGUGGAAUCUAUAAGAAAAAUGGAAUUACUAAAGGAAUGAAGAAGAAUGGCAUAUCAAAUGGAACUCUCUACAAAAAAACAUUUAUCGAGCACUUUGAACAGGCACCAAUGUAUGUUGCUGUUCUUACAUUCGUGGGUUUUGGAGUGGGAACAAUAUUUGGCUACCUGCGAGAUUUUAUGAGAGCCUGGGGACUAGAAAAACGUAACGUUGCUGCAGAGAGAGAACAACAAAAAGAUUUUGUGCCACUUUAUCAAGAUUUUGAGAACUUUUACACCAGAAACCUCUAUAUGAGAAUACGGGAUAACUGGAACCGUCCAAUAUGCAGUGUCCCAGGGCCACAGUUUGACCUCAUGGAACGCAUUACAGAUGAUUACAACUGGACAUUUAGGUUUACAGGAAGGACUAUCAAGAAUGUAAUCAAUAUGGGUUCUUAUAACUACCUCGGCUUUGCAGAAACGGAUGUUAAUGCUUUGAAAACUGUGACCAUAGAGUUACAAAAAUAUGGGACAGGAAUCUGCAGUACCAGACAGGAAAUGGGCACCCUAGACAAACAUUUAGAACUAGAGAAACUUGUGGCCAAGUUCCUUGGCGUGGAAGAUGCUAUGGUGUUUGGCAUGGGCUUUGCAACUAACUCGAUGAAUAUUCCAGCCCUUGUUGGGAAGGGCUGCCUCAUUUUAAGUGAUGAGUUGAACCACACUUCUCUCGUUCUUGGUGCGAGGCUUUCAGGUGCUACUAUUAGAAUCUUCAAGCAUAAUAAUAUGCAGAGCCUUGAGAAGUUGCUGAGGGAUGCAAUAGUAUAUGGGCAGCCUCGAAGCCGUAGAGCGUGGAGGAAAAUUAUCAUCCUUGUGGAGGGCAUUUACAGCAUGGAAGGGUCCAUCGUGCGCCUGCCAGAGAUAGUCUCCUUGAAGAAGAAAUACAAAGCCUACCUCUACUUGGAUGAAGCUCACAGCAUCGGCGCAGUGGGCGCAACGGGCCGAGGGGUUGUGGAAUACUUCGGUAUGAGUCCUGACGAUGUUGAUGUGUUAAUGGGAACGUUCACAAAGAGCUUUGGCGCAGCUGGAGGAUACAUAGCUGGCAGAAAGGACCUUGUGGACUUUUUACGAACUCAUUCUCACAGUGCUGUGUACGCCACAUCUAUGUGUCCACCCGUAGCAGAGCAGAUCAUCAGGGCAAUGAAAUGUCUCAUGGGACUAGACGGGACAACACAAG